GCUUUUUAUACGUAGGAAAUUUAUUGUGAUUGGAUUUUUAAUGUAACAAUAUGCUUUAAAAAAAUAAAAAUUUAAAGUCUUCUCUUUUUGCCAAUUUUUAUUUUCGUCGACAUCAUUAUAAUACGGGAAAUAGAGAAGAAAAAACCUGGGUACCUUCUUCGUGAACUUCCCAAUCACCUUCGUGGACCAUCUUGUAUUUAAAGCUCAAUCAUCAAUGACAUUGUCUCCCUAUAUAUAACAACAGCAUGUUACUUCUGUUUAAAUGAUUAGAUCAAUACAUAUAUGUACAUACUAAUACAAAAACAACUUAUGAUAUAUAUACGUAGAACUGAUCAUCCUCGUUUAUAUACACCAAUAAUGACAAAGACACUUGAGAUUGACGUAAGAUCAGCAGAAGGGCUCAAGUUAAACCGAAGACUCUUAAACAAAAAGACUUUCGCGGUCGUAAGAAUCGGUGAGAAGUCUCGAACGUCGCAUCUUGACGUGUCCCGAGGAAGCAGUCCAACGUGGGACUACAAGCUGGAGAUGCCUAUCAACGUGAGUGUACAGUUCAUAUACGUCGAGGUGUGGUAUCGAACAAGUUCUGGACGUGAGAAGAAGAUAGGAGAAGCUAAGAUCCCAACGUCAGACUUCAUGGGAAGGUAUUCACCUGAAGGUCAUUUGAAUUUCUUGUGCUAUAGGUUAAGAGAUGAGUUUGGGGAUAAGUGUGGAAUCGUGAAUGUUUCAAUCAUGGUUAAACCUAAUUCCACAGAUGAGUUGUUCAAGUCUUCUUCCAAAGAUUAUGGAGCUUGUUCGUCGCAAGUGGGAACGGGCCCGUGGAGACAUAGACCAGAGGCUCCUUGUGUUGAUGGAUAUGGUGGUCGGAUUGUUACAGGAGUUCCUGUUUGGUGCGUGCUUCAACGGCCAACUAUAGAGAUAAGAGUUCCACGGAUGUAAAGUAGUGGCCGGUUCGAUUGUCUCCACGUGAAGUCAGUCGACCGCGGUGAGGAUAAAAGCACCUUUGGUGAUUGGCUUUGUCACGAACGUCUCUUUACAGAUCAUGUGGUGCGCCUCUGAUCGUCUCUUUUUUUUCCUUAAUUUAUUUUAAAUUAAACUGUGCCAAAAAUCCGAGGCACUUGUGCUAUAGGUUCUAAGACUACCCGCAAUAAGGAAUCCUUAGGG